AUGAGAAAAUCUCCUCGGGUUAUUGCCAGCUUCAUCUUGGGAUGUCUUUGUGUUUCCAUCAGCACGUCAUCGUCAUCAUCAUCAGCAGCAGCAGCAGCAGCAGAAGAAGAAGACAAAGCCUAUGCUUAUCCAAUGAACGAUCCUCAAGAUGCUGCAAGUUAUCAUAUUCUUCAAAUGGUAAAGUGGCUGGAUGGUAUGGAAGAGGGUUACUUCAACCCCAAGAUUCAGAUUCGACGGGCCAAUCCUGACGAUCCCACCUCGUAUUUUGGUGUCUUUGCGGCGGAAGAUUUGGAACAAGACGAGCUGCUAUUGUAUAUUCCACCCGAAGCUCGAAUUCAUACCGACGUGAAGGAUGGAGAAUAUACAGAAGUCUUGUGUGAAUUAGCAUGGACACUGCAUUGGGAAUUUGAUCGAGGAUACAAUGGAGAUUACAUUCAUUACGUCAAUUACCUGAAACAGCUGCGACGAGAUAUUAUUCCUGCCGUUUGGUCGCGAGAGGCAAAGGAUUUGUUGAUGAAAGUGCAAGAUGAACUCUACAUGAAGGAUUAUGAACCCAAGACUGCCCAUGCCACCCAUCUCAUCAAUUGGAUCGAAGAAUGGUUCCAAAAACCAUGCCUCAUCAACCCCAAGGGCAAGUACAGUUUGCAUCCAUACUUUUUGGCAGUGGUAACCCAACGGGGUUUUGACAAUAUGCUGGUACCAAUCUACGACUUUUUCAAUCAUCACAACAACAAUGUCAACAUUUACAACCGAAAAUCGAUAUACCAUCGAACCGGAUUCGACGUCUAUGCGUCUCGGUUUGUGGAGAAAGGAGAAGAACUCUUUUUCUCUUAUCACAACUGUCCCGAUUGUAAGGAAUGUGUCGACUGUGAUAGUAGUCAAACCUAUUGGGGAACUCCCGAAAUGUUGCGGGACUUUGGAUUUGUGGAACCCUAUCCACAUACCUUUUAUUUGGGGGACUACAUGACCUUUGUCGUUUCGAAUGCCACAUUGGGUACCAAGGAACCGACACUCCAGGAUUUGUCCAUUGAAUACAUGGACGAGACCUACCCAUCCGCUGGAAUCGUUGCGGAAGCCAAACGGGAAUGGGUCCGCAUUGAAAAUGUCUAUCAGAAUGAUAUUCUGGCUGCGGAUACGACCAAAAUUGCUCCUCAUGAACUCUAUACAAUCACACAAUACUACAAGGCUCUUGUCAACGCCUUCAAACUCAUGGUAAUAACCUUUGAUCCAGAGCUAGCGGCCAAAAUGGAAGCCGAAGAAGCGGAAGAAGAGGAAGAAAUGGAAGGAGGUGAACACGUAGAGGAUCAUGAAGAAUGGGAAGAUGAAGAAGUGGAGGAGUGCGUCGAAGAAAAUGAAGAAUCCUCCGAGGAUCUAUUUCUUGCCGAGAUGGAUCAUCAGGAGGAGAGUGAAGAUGAGGAGGACCAGUGCUGA